GACUCGGUGACUAAUAGCGGACGGACCCAUUUGGUUGCUACAACGCAUGCGCAGAACGCAAUAUGUCACAAAAAUGAUCAUUACGUGACAGUUUUUUAUCGAGAUAAAUUGGGCACAUUUUUUAUUCCCACACGGAGACAAACACUGCGAAUCAAUGAGGGAGGAAGAGCCGGAGAAGAAGCCCGAGGGUUUCAGGCUGCUGUGGAUCCUGGACGUCCAGAACACGCCGUGUUCCAGAGACGCCGUCCUGCACGGAGCCGGCGGCUCGGUGGCUGCUGGCCUGCUGCACUUUCUGGCCACAAGUCGGGUGAGGAGGUCGUUCGACGUGGGAUUUGCUGGCUUCCUGCUCACUACGCUCGGUUCCUGGUUUUACUGCAGAAUGAACAACGCCAAGCUCCGCGUGCAGCAGAGGAUGCUCAAAGACGGCAUCCACAACAAGGUCAUGUACGAGGGCACCGGUCUAGACCCCACAAGAAAACCUGCAGCAGAAACCCCAGCGGGGCCCUCGUGACCUCAAGGUCUGAAACUCCUACACGGUCCUACAGGGACGCUUUGUAAAAGACUGACUGGCACCAUCGGAGGACAAAGCUGAAAUUCCUAAAUAUGUAUAUUAUAUAAUGAUGGAGAGGCAGACUUUGCCCUCAAGUGUAUCUUGAUCCUGAAAACAUGUUUACCCUUGAUUUUUUUCACAUCGUCCCUCCAUCCACCGGGCAGAUGUACCAGUGAAACCAAACGCUGUGCUGCACGGCAUGCUGGGAAUUCAAGGACUGUCUGAAAGUUUAAAUUCACCUUGAAUCGUUUUAUCAUUUAGUAUUUUAAAGUUGAAUGUGUGUUAAAUAAAAUUGUACCCUGAUGCAGCGAUGUGUCUGUGUUGCUUCCUUUGUCAACUAAUUGAUUAGUACGUCUCUGCAAAAAAAACGAAUAGCUCAGUAAGGAAGAAAUUCAAAGUAAUAAUGAGUCCAUCAAAACGUAAACCAAUGGCUGAACCCUGGAAACGUAUUUAUUUUUAUAUAUA